AUGCAAGAAGUAUUUGAAAAAGCAAAACUUAGUCAACCAAGUAUUAUAGUAAUCGAUGAUUUGGAAUUUUGUGAUUGGAAUAGUAAUUCAGAGAAGGAAAUUUCAGUUUUGAAAGAAUUUCUCCAAUCCAUGUAUGAUCGUGAGAGUAGGGUAAUUGUUUUGGUUAUAAGCUCAACACCUUGGAAUAUUAAUCCAGCUGUGAGGAAAAUAUUUAAGAGGAGAUUUCACAUUCCUCUUCCAGAUAAGGAGAAAAGGAUUGAGAUAUUGAGAGAUGCAUUUAGAAAUAGUUCAAUACAAGAUGAUGAAAUUGAGGAGAUUUCCACAAUGUGUGAUGGAUAUUCAUAUGCGGAUUUAAUGUGUGUAGUAAGGGAUUCACAGAUGAACAUUAUUAGAAAUGCCUUAAUGGCUACCAAUAAUAGUUUCAAUAUUAGUCUUAAUGCCCUAUCACAACCAACGAAAAGUGAUGUUAUCAAAUCUCUUCAAACAAUUAAAUCUUCUGUUACAAUUCAAGAAGAAGCAAAACAUUUACAAUUUCAACAAGAUUUUUAUCCUGGAUCAUCUGCUCAAUUUCACGAAUACAUUAAGUUUUCCAUUUAA